UCCCCCAGUGAGGGGAUGCGGCUCAGGCGUACAGCCCCUGCCCAGCGUGGGUCUUGCCCCUACCACCACAUACUGAUCGUUGAGUGUCAUUCUCCUGCCGUGAACUGGAGAGUCCUGCUGCCCCCGGGCUUGUCAGGUGCACUGACGCUCGUGUCCCCGCAGGUGAUCCGCACUGACACAUUCAAGCACCUCCGGCACCUGGAGAUCCUGCAGCUGAGCAAGAACCUGGUGCGCAAGAUCGAGGUGGGGGCGUUCAAUGGGCUGCCCAGCCUCAACACGCUGGAGCUCUUCGACAACCGGCUGACCACAGUGCCCACGCAGGCCUUCGAGUACCUGUCCAAGCUGCGGGAGCUCUGGCUUCGGAACAACCCCAUCGAGAGCAUCCCCUCGUACGCCUUCAACCGCGUGCCCUCGCUGCGCCGCCUGGACCUGGGCGAGCUCAAGCGGCUGGAGUACAUCUCCGAGGCGGCCUUCGAGGGGCUGGUGAACCUGCGCUACCUCAACCUGGGCAUGUGCAACCUGAAGGACAUCCCCAACCUGACGGCGCUCGUGCGCCUGGAGGAGCUGGAGCUGUCGGGGAACCGGCUGGACCUAAUCCGCCCUGGCUCUUUCCAGGGCCUCACCAGCCUGCGCAAGCUGUGGCUCAUGCAUGCCCAAGUGGCCACCAUCGAGCGAAACGCCUUUGACGACCUCAAGUCGCUGGAGGAGCUGAACCUGUCCCACAACAACCUGAUGUCGCUGCCACACGACCUCUUCACGCCCCUGCACCGCCUGGAGCGUGUCCACCUCAACCACAACCCCUGGCACUGCAACUGUGACGUGCUGUGGCUCAGCUGGUGGCUGAAGGAGACGGUGCCCAGCAACACCACGUGCUGCGCGCGCUGCCACGCCCCCGCCGGCCUCAAGGGGCGCUACAUCGGCGAGCUGGACCAGUCCCACUUCACCUGCUACGCCCCGGUCAUCGUGGAGCCGCCCACUGACCUCAACGUCACCGAGGGCAUGGCGGCCGAGCUCAAGUGCCGCACGGGCACGUCCAUGACGUCGGUCAACUGGCUGACGCCGAACGGCACGCUCAUGACGCACGGCUCGUACCGCGUGCGCAUCUCCGUGCUGCACGACGGCACGCUCAACUUCACCAACGUCACCGUGCAGGACACGGGCCAGUACACGUGCAUGGUGACAAACUCGGCCGGCAACACCACUGCCUCGGCCACGCUUAACGUGUCAGCCGUGGACCCCGUGGCCGCAGGAGGGCCCGGGGGCGCGGGCCCCGGGGGCGGGGGCGGUGCCGGGGGCGCGGGCGGCUACACCUACUUCACCACGGUGACCGUGGAGACGCUGGAGACGCAGCCGGGAGAGGAGGCCCAGCAGCCCCGGGGCACCGAGAAGGAGCCCCCGGGGCCCACGACGGACGGCGCGUGGGGCGGCGGCCGGCCGGACGCUGCAGCCCCCGCCUCGGCGUCCACGACGGCGCCGGCCCCGCGCUCCUCGCGGCCCACGGAGAAGGCCUUCACGGUGCCCAUCACGGACGUGACGGAGAACGCGCUGAAGGACCUAGACGACGUCAUGAAGACCACCAAAAUCAUCAUCGGCUGCUUCGUGGCCAUCACCUUCAUGGCCGCCGUGAUGCUGGUGGCCUUCUACAAGCUGCGGAAGCAGCACCAGCUGCACAAGCACCACGGGCCCACGCGCACCGUGGAGAUCAUCAACGUGGAGGACGAGCUGCCCGCCGCCUCCGCCGUGUCGGUGGCCGCGGCCGCGGCGGUGGCCGGAGGCGCGGGCGUGGGUGGGGACAGCCACCUGGCCCUGCCGGCGCUGGAACGAGACCACCUCAACCACCACCACUACGUGGCGGCCGCCUUCAAGGCGCACUACGGCGGCAACCCGGGAGGCGGGUGCGGGGCCAAGGGCCCCGGCCUCAACUCCAUCCACGAACCUCUGCUCUUCAAGAGCGGCUCCAAGGAAAACGUGCAAGAGACACAAAUCUAAGCCCGGGCGCGCGGGGCCGCGGGCCUGCGGCGCUCCCGCCUGCCGCCCGGGGCGCGCCCCAGCCGUCCUGCCCCGGGGCGGGACCGGAGAGCCGCAGAGGCGGCCCCGCCCUCCGCCCGGCCUCGGCCCACCUGCCCUGCCCGCCGCCUCCCGGGGAGAGGAGCCUCUUCGGGGGACUCUCUCCCCUCGUCCCCACAACCCACCUUUUAGGGCUCUUCCUUUUUUCUUUCUUUUUUUGCAGUUUGACGCCCGUCCUCUCCUCUACACCCCUCCACCCUCAAAACACAAGAGACAGACAACUUCACCAGAGCCCGGGGGACAGCGUCCCCGGCAGCGAGCUCCCCUCGCGGCCCUGGCCGGCCUACCCGCCCCACAGACUCUUUUGAUACUGAAGGGAGGUUUGCGUCACUCACUACCUGCUCUGUAAUUACUUUAAAAAAAAAAAAAAAAAAAACAUGGAAAAAGUUUAAAAAAAAUUUUUUUUUUGGUCAUUAAAGUAUUGAAGACAAACAGAGCACAAAGCCACUGUGGGUGGGACCAGAGAGGGUGGACAGCCAUCCAUUCAGGAGGGGAGAGUGGGCACCCCAAAUUUACAGCUCUGGGACUCCUCACCCCGAAGCUGCCAGAGAAACAGGCUCACGCAGCAUACGGCAGCACUGUCAACGUCUUCCCAGCUGCCUUUCCAGGAGUGUGCUUGGGCUCCACCGCUUGUGGGAUAUUGGGGUUCUGAGGGAUAGAAAUCCAAGAUCACAGCGCUUCCGGAGCUGGGCUCCCCCCGAGGGUCCAGCAGCCUUUCCUGG